AUGUUCAAUCGUUUUUUGACAAACCCACUUCUCAAUAGAAGCAGUGGGAUCCAGAAUACUAUUGCGAGAUUUAAACAUGUUUCCGCCAAUGCUACCACAUACCCUCUCCCAGAAAGAUUAAUUAACUUCUCAACGAAGAAUGACUUUAAUGAGUCCUUGCAAAAUAAUGAGACAUUACGGGAGCUUAUGGUUGCUUAUCAAAAGGGUAAUUUUAAAAUUGUUGAUGCUUAUGCUGACGAGGUUGCUGAAGAAUUAAACUCGAUUCGUUCGUUACCAAGAACCAUAUUUCCAAAGGAUGAAAUAUUUCAAAAAGUUGAUAAUGAUAAAAAAAUUGGUCAAUGGAGAAAACCUGCAAUGAAAUGGAUAAGAACUGGUUUACAUCUCAUGAAAUACUAUAGGAACGGUAUGCACAAUACUAUUAAAGUCUUCAGGGAAACGAAGUCAAUUCCGAAAAGGUUAAAAGAUCAAUCACAGACACCAUUGGUAACAAAAUUAUUUCAUAUUAUCGAAAUUAAUGAGAUCGAAUACUCAAAAUUAAAAUUAGAUACCAUUAAAACGAUACCUAUAACGAGGAAAGAGUUUGUAGAAUAUUCUAGGAGAAAAGAGAUUUGGAAAUUGCCCAUUUUCUUUCUAGUUGCCUUAAUCUUCGAAGAGAUGACGGCUAUCAUUUGUUACUUUUUUCCAAGAAUGGUACCAUAUAAUUGUUUAACGCCUGGUGGCUUUAAACAUUUAUCUUUAAUGAACAUAAAGAAGUCUAAACCAAGUAUACUAACAAAAAAUUCAAAUUCCACGUAUAUUUCACCCUAUAGUGCAUCAAGGGAAACAGUAUAUGGUCACCUUCAAGGAAAACUAUCCGAUUUGUAUAUUUCUUCUUGGAAGCUAAGGAUAUGCAAACUAACAAACAACAAAACAAUCCCUUCAGAAGCAUUAAUGACGUUAUAUCAUCAUACCUUUGUGGAUGACUGGCUAGUUUUACAGCAUAUUCUGCAUAAUAAAAAUAAUACUGUGUUAAGUUACGAAGAGUUAGUCAAUAUGAUUUUACUUAGGAAAUUGUACAAACCAACCGAAGAUUUGAAUAAAAUGAGUAAUGACGAUCUUGGUAGAAAAGUAUUAGUGUGGCGUUUGAUUUUCUAUUGGUCCUAUAGAUUCAAUAAUGUCGUCACAACUCAUAAAAAUAGUAUGUCUCACGAUCACGAAACACCAUUAUUCAGUCAAAAAUGGGGCGUAUCAAAUAUUUCAACCUUUAAUAACCCCGGAACAUUGAAUGGGGAACUGUUCGAGAAAGGAAACCUUAAUAUAUUUAAAUAG